GCAGCCUCCGCCCGUGUCGUAUCGUUAUUUCCGUUUCCUUAGUAUAGUGUUUAACGCUUUAAUUUCUAGUCUCGCGUAACCCUCUUACACACUCAUACAUACACACGUAAUCGCGUUCUCUUCUUUAAUACAUAUACACACGUUGUACUCCCUCGUUUAUUUUUUACGGUCGACGAAAUUUGGUGGUUUCGAUUUCCGAAGAUAUUGGACGCGAACGAAUCUCGGCUCCCUGCUCGCACACGCAUACACACGCGUCUACACACAUACGUGCUGGUCAAAGUGAAAUCGAAGGACCGUCGACCAGAAGGCGAGCAUAAAUGCCGAUUUACGAGCGCUCGCGUCGUACUUUUCUUUCAUUGAUUUCCCCUUCUGUUCCGGGCGGCGGUGCGAGAGCGUGAUAGUAGGUGUACACAAAGAGAGAGCAAGAGAGAGAGAAAGAGAAUCGAGAAGACGAGAGACCGGCGCGAUACAUCGUCGAGCAGGAGAGUAGUCGCGUAAAAGCUGUUUGCACGGUGCUCGGUUUCGCGUGCGACCGAAACGUUCGGAGGAAAAGGGAAACGACGAGAAAAAGGAGCACGAGCUAUACAGUGUCGCGUCCCGGCGGAAAGUGUUUCUCUGUGUCUCUGUGUGCAUGUGUGUCGUGUGCUUUCGCGUGCAUCGAUCGCAAGGUAGAGAAGGUGGCUCCAGAUAAAGAAGUUGGAAAAAGAUUUCGUACGUAGUUAGAAAGGACCCGGUAGAAGAGUGCAAUGAUGGCGAACGGAAUGGACACAGUUGUGCAACAAAACGGUGGAUCCACCCUCGGACAGGCUUCGCAGGAAGAGUCCAAAACGAAUCUUAUUGUAAAUUAUCUGCCCCAGAGCAUGACCCAGGAUGAGAUUCGAUCACUCUUUUCGAGCAUAGGCGAGGUGGAGAGCUGCAAGUUGAUCCGCGAUAAACUCACUGGUCAGAGUUUGGGAUACGGAUUCGUAAACUACCACCGGUCCGAGGAUGCUGAGAAGGCGAUAAACACGCUCAAUGGUCUUCGUCUGCAGAACAAAACGAUCAAGGUAUCGUACGCGAGACCGAGCAGCGAGGCGAUCAAAGGUGCAAACCUGUACGUGAGUGGUUUGCCGAAGAACAUGACACAACAGGACCUGGAGAAUCUCUUCAGCCCGUACGGCAGAAUCAUCACGUCUCGGAUACUUUGCGACAACAUCACCGUACGACAGUUUGUGACCGGCGGCGGAGACUAUUUGCCCGGAUUGUCGAAGGGGGUCGGUUUCAUAAGGUUCGACCAACGUGUCGAGGCCGAGAGGGCGAUCCAAGAAUUAAACGGUACCAUUCCGAAGGGCUCGUCCGAGCCGAUCACCGUCAAGUUUGCCAACAAUCCAAGCAACAACAACAAGGCGAUACCGCCAUUGGCCGCCUAUCUUACACCGCAGGCGACCCGACGAUUUGGCGGCCCGAUCCACCAUCCAACCGGCCGCUUCAGGUACAUUCCACUGUCGCCACUAUCCAGCACUGGCAAGGCCAUGCUUGCCAUUAACAAAGGCUUACAGAGGUACAGCCCGCUGGCAGGCGAUCUUCUGGCGAACUCGAUGCUGCCCGGGAACGCGAUGAACGGGUCCGGCUGGUGCAUCUUCGUGUACAAUCUCGCCCCAGAGACCGAGGAGAACGUGCUGUGGCAGUUAUUCGGUCCUUUCGGCGCCGUCCAAUCCGUCAAAGUGAUCCGCGACCUGCAGACGAACAAGUGCAAAGGCUUCGGUUUCGUGACGAUGACCAACUACGACGAGGCGGUGGUCGCCAUCCAGAGCUUGAACGGUUACACGCUCGGUAACCGGGUCCUUCAAGUGAGCUUCAAGACGAACAAGAGCAAAGCGGCGUAGGACGACAAGCAACAACAAGCAACAUCAACAACACCAUCACCGGCGGUGGCCACGGCCAGCGUGAUCGCGCCCUCGUCGAUCCAAACGGUGGCCAAACCCGUUGUCGUUACACCCGCGAAUCCAGCUCCAUCUUCGGCUCCCGUUUCCGCCUCCGCGGCUCUGGUCACGCUCGCGGCUGCGUAUGCUUCCAGUAAGAAGAUCGUCGACCAUCGUCUGCCCGUCGACACCGUGAUCAACGCUCUGAACAAUCGUUAUCGUCGAGAGAGCCAGCAACACCAGCUACAGCUACAGCUACAGUUACAGCUGCAACAGCAGCAACAGUAUCACAAUGCACGGAAAACGUACAACAAUUACGUGCACGCUCAGAAACGCUUGAACGGCUGCAAAAUGCUGAUCAGGAGUAUGGCCUCCUUGAACGAUCGCGACGAAGACGACGGAUGCGGUUCCGACUGAUAGAGGAUGCCGACCUCCCUGGAGGAAGACAGAGAGAAAGUUUAAAUCGUGUAUAUGUGAGCGUGAGUGAGAGGGAGAGAGAAGGAGGGUCGAGAGAGGAGAACGUCAGGACGCGAGAAGAGAGAAAGAGAGAGAGGCGGGGUAGGUCGUGAUGCGCCAAAUCGUCCGAUUAUCCUAACUUUGUAGACCACGCUCUAAGACCCAUCGAGAGGGAAUGCUCGUUUCUUCUAUCUUUUCUAUCCGAUCUCUCUCUUCCUCUCUCGGUUCUGAUCCUUUGCUCCUGCUGUUCGUCGACGAGCCAGGGGAAACGCGAGGCGUCGCUUCCGUUUCUCGCGCGAUCACGCGACCCCUCGUCAGCGAAACCAAACACGAAAACAAACAAGCGAGUGUAUAUACAUAUUGCUGAUUUAUGUAUAUGUACGCGGACGCACGGACCACGUGGUGUGCACGCGUUCGCGCUAAUCGAUGCACGAGGAAGAUAAACAAAAAGAACUCGUUGUUAAACUAUACAGAGAAAAUGAAAAGAUUAAAAGACCAUACGACCAUCGGGCUGCAGCGACGCAGGAGCACCCGACGAGGAUGCAGGUCCUCGUUGCAGCUCCUUAUUCUUAUUCUUAUCCGCACGACCAAAGAGUCUCGACGAUGUCAGGCUGUGAGACUGAAAACGGAACUCGAGAGGCUAAUCGAAAUAAGAAAGGCAGGGCCUGUUUUUCCCCCAAGACGACAGCGC